AUGGGCCCUACAAAAACGGACGGUUUUAGAUCUCUCCCCUCCUAUAAAAUCAACCCAAAUUACAACACUUAUACUCGGGUAAUUGAAGGAGAGCCCCGGCUCCCAACACAUCUCUUCUUCCUCUCUCCGUUCCCGUUGCAUCCUUCAAUCCACCCUUUCCCUCUCCUUCAACACAAACCAAACCAUCCUUUGUUUCUGGAGAGGAAAGGGGCCGUCCGUCCAUCCAACAUGAAUAAAGGCAUCAUUGCCGCCGUUUCCCUCAUCCUCCUUGUGGGUGUCGUCAUCGGAGUCGUAGCCAGCGUCAAUCGAUCCACGACGGACGUAGAAAAGGUUUCAACAUCCAUAAAAGCAAUCGACACCAUCUGCGCCCCAACCGAUUACAAAGACGUCUGUACCAAGACCCUUGAAAGCAGCGUCUCCAACAACGGCAGCAUCGACCCGAAAGAACUCCUCAAAGCUACUAUCAAUGCUACCAUAGCUGAGGUGAAAGCCGCAUUGCAUUUAUCAAACAACAUGGGUAAUAAAACGACGGAUGCGAUGAACCAAGCAGCUCUGUCGGACUGUAAGGAUUUGAUGGAGUAUGCGACUGCAGAGCUUCAAGCAUCUUUCUCUGAGGUUGGAGAUAAAGACAUGCAUACGUUGCCAGAUCGGGUGGAUGAAAUCAAGAACUGGUUGAGUGCAGUGAUUUCAUACCAAGAGACUUGUAAGGAUGGAAUUACUCACCCAGAAUUGAAAUUGGAGAUGGAGAAUGGAAUGGUGAAUGCCAGCCAGCUGACGAGCAAUGCGCUUGCGAUUGUUUCUGGGAUUUCAGAUAUUCUUACUUCUUUUGAUAUUCCAUUCAACUUCAGCUCCCUCACUGCUUCUCGUGAGUUAAUUGAAGAUGAUCAUGAAGGUGGGUUGAACCAUGCAGAUGGUGAUGGGUAUCCUACGUGGGUAUCAGCUGGUGAUAGGAGGCUGCUGGCUUUUAAAGAUAAUGACAGACCGAAGCCUAAUGUGGUUGUGGCUAAGGACGGGAGUGGAAACUUCAAGAGUAUCAAUGACGCGCUUAAAGCCAUGCCGAAGAAGUACUCUGGCAGAUAUGUGAUAUACGUGAAGGCAGGGGUCUAUGUCGAGAACGUGAUUGUUGAGAAGGACAUGAUCAAUGUUUUCAUGUAUGGUGACGGGCCGAGGAAGACGUUGGUGACCGGAAAAAAGAACUACGUCGAUGGGACGCCUACGUACCAAACUGCCACUUUUGCUGCUAUAGGACAAGGAUUCAUAGCAAAAUCAAUGGGCUUCAGCAACACAGCUGGUCCAGAGAAGCACCAGGCCGUUGCUCUUCGUGUCCAAUCUGACAUGUCAGCCUUCGUCAACUGCCGUAUGGAUGCUUACCAAGACACCCUCUAUGCACAUACCCACCGUCAAUUCUACAGAAACUGUGUAAUCUCUGGGACCGUCGAUUUCAUCUUCGGUGACGCCGCUUCCUUACUCCAGAACUGUUUGCUCGUAGUCAGAAAACCCAUGGACAACCAACAAAACAUCGUGACCGCUCAAGGUAGGACCGACAAGCGCCAGACUACCGGCAUCGUAAUCCACAACUGUAGAAUCGUCCCAGAGGCAAAGCUCUACCCAACAAGGUUCAAGACCCGGUCUUACCUUGGGCGACCAUGGAAACAGUACUCAAGGACAGUGAUUAUGGAAUCCACGAUCGGUGAUUUCAUCCAGCCCGAUGGAUGGAUGCCAUGGGAUAAGAAUUUUGCACUGGAUACCUUGUUCUAUGCUGAGUAUGCGAACAGAGGCCCAGGAGCUGGGACUAACAAGAGAAUUAAAUGGAAAGGUUAUAAGGUGAUUAAUAGGAAGGAAGCGCUUCAAUUCACUGCUGGACCAUUCCUACAAGGAAAUCAAUGGUUGGGAAACAUCAAGGCACCUUACAUGCUUGGACUGAGGCAAUGAGAAGAUAUAGUGGUCAGAAAGAGAGGAGAG